UCAACAGCAGCGAACAUAAAUCACGAAUUUAAAACUUGCCUCACUCCGAUCUGUUAACCUUCGCCGCCGAUGGCUUCAACGGUGACUCAACGAGCUGAACUCGCCAAGUUUUGCAGUUCACGUGACUGGUCCAAAGCCAUUCGCGUUCUCGAUUCUCUUCUCUCUCAAUCAUGCGUUAUUCAGGAUAUUUGUAAUCGUGCGUACUGUUAUAGUCAAUUGGAGCUUCACAAACAUGUGAUUAAGGACUGUGAUAGGGCUCUUCAGCUUGAUCGUACGCUUCUUCAAGCUUAUAUCCUCAAAGGCCGUGCAUAUUCUGCCUUGGGAAGGAAAGAUGAUGCUGUAAUGGUUUGGGAACAAGGUUACGAGUAUGCUGUUUGUCAGUCUGCAGAUUUGAAGCAGCUGCUCGAACUGGAAGAACUUUUGACAGCUGGAAAACAAAGCAUGGCUGCUUUCCUUGAUAAAGAUGCUAAACAGUUAUCUGAAUGGUCUGUAUCCAAACCUGAACCUGCUAAUUCUGGCAAAUCAAGCGAAACAUUUAGUAACCAUACUAUGUCAAGUCUUGGUUAUGAACCUUGUGGUGAUUCGAGGGAGGUGAUGCAGAUAGAAAGCAAGCCAAAUGAGAUAUCUUAUGUACCCAACGGGUCUAGUAAGAAAGUUGAGGGUUCUAAAAGUUUUCAUGUGGGUCCCAAUGGAAAUUGUGACAAACAACAAAAUGGAACCUACAACCUAUCUGUUGAAUUUGGUGCGAGAUCUGAAGCACGUAGUAGUACAAGUGACAGCCGCAACAAAUCUGAUCUGAGCACUACAAUUUCAUCAACCCCUGGUAAAUCUAGUGAUAUACCUGAGAUACGUGGCAACUGGAGUGAUAAAUCUGACAUGCGUAGCGAACCAAGUAAUGAUGCUAAGGGGAACAAAAAGUUCUCUGUUACUAGGAUUUCAAAAGCCAAGUCAAUAAAUGUUGAUUUCCGACUAUCACGAGGAAUCGCUCAGGUGAAUGAAGGGCAGUAUGCUCGUGCCAUAUCCAUCUUUGACCAGAUAUUGAGAGAAGAUCCUACUUACCCUGAAGCACUAAUAGGCAGGGGAACGGCCUAUGCAUUUAAACGAGAACUCGAUUCAGCUAUUGCUGAUUUUACAAAGGCUAUACAAUCAAAUCCAUCAGCUGGGGAGGCAUGGAAACGAAGAGGGCAGGCCCGGGCUGCUUUAGGAGAAUCUGUUGAGGCUAUUGCAGAUUUGACCAAGUCCUUAGAAUUUGAGCCUGACUCGGCUGAUAUAUUACAUGAAAGGGGAAUUGUUAAUUUUAAGCUUAAGGAUUUCUAUGCUGCCACUGAGGACCUGUCUGCAUGUGUAAAGCUAGACAAGGAUAAUAAAUCAGCUUACACAUACUUGGGACUGGCACUGUCAUCAGUUGGUGAGUACAAGAAGGCUGAGGAAGCGCAUAUGAAAGCAAUUCAAGUUGACCAAAAAUUUCUUGAGGCAUGGGGUCAUUUGGCUCAGUUUUAUCAAGAUUUGGCAAAUUCAGAAAAAGCUUUAGAUUGCCUUCAACAGGUUUUGCAAAUUGAUGCGAGGUUUGCUAAGGGAUAUCACUUGCGUGGGCUACUUCUUCAUGCUAUGGGAGAUCACAGGAAUGCGAUCAAAGACUUAUCAAUUGGGCUUAGCAUUGAAAGGUCAAACAUAGAGUGUCUGUAUCUGCGGGCUUCUUGCCACCAUGCUGUUGGAGAAUAUAAAGAAGCUGUAAAGGAUUAUGAUGCCGCGUUGGAUUUGGAGCUUGACUCGAUGGACAAAUUUGUGCUUCAAUGUCUGGCCUUCUAUCAGAAAGAAAUUGCCUUGUAUACCUCUGCGAAGAUCAAUAGUGAAUUUUGCUGGUUUGAUAUAGAUGGCGACAUCGACCCCCUGUUUAAGGAAUACUGGUGCAAAAGAUUGCAUCCCAAAAAUGUAUGUGAAAAAGUUUACAGGCAGCCUCCUCUAAGAAAAGCGAAGUUGAGGAAGCAAGAUUUUACUUUAACUAAACCAAAGAUUGCACUUCUGCAUGCUGCUGAUCGUAUCGGAAAAACAAUCCAGUAUCAUUGCUCAGGCUUCUUGGCCAAUAGGCGUCAGCAUCGCAUGGCUGGCUUAGCUGCUAUUGAGAUUGCGCAAAAGGUGUCUAAGGUUUGGCGUUCACUGCAAUCUGAAUGGAGGUUUUCUACUAAGAAUACAUCAAAAAGCGGAAAGAGACCCCGAAGAAAAGAGAAGAUCAUCAUUCCUAGCCAUAACAGAGGCGGAGUUGGUUGUAGUACUAGCAGUUACUCCGAAGCAUCGACUUCGAGUGCCUUGGAAGAGAAGUCAUCAGGACGAUCUGUUUUCUCAUGGCUUCAUCUUUACUCAAUGGCCGUCAAAUGGAGACAGAUAUCUGAACCCUGUGACCCUGUUGUGUGGGUCAACAAAUUAAGCGAGGAGUUCAAUUCUGGAUUUGGAUCUCACACACCUCUUAUUCUUGGGCAAACUAAAGUUAUUCGCUACUAUCCACAUUUUCAAAGAACAUUAGAUGUUGCUAAGGCAGUCAUGAAGGAAAAUGGGUUUGUGUGUAAUGCAGCAGAUGCGGCCAUUGAUUUAUCAAAAGAUGGAAAAUUAGAAGAAAUUUUGAAAGCCGAGUCAUGCUCCGAUCUGUAUAAAGUUGUUGGCGAGGAUUUCUGGUUGGCUACUUGGUGCAAGAGUACAGCAUUUGAGGGGAGACGCCUGGAAGGAACAAGGAUCACUCUAGUUAAAACGGGAGAACGUGGAUUUGACUUUGCAAUUCGAACACCGUGUACACCUGCUAGAUGGGAAGAUUUUGAUGCAGAAAUGGCGUCAGCUUGGGAGGUAUUGUGUAAUUCCUAUUGUGGGGAGACAUAUGGAUCAAAUGAUUUUGGUACGCUUGAAAAUGUCAGAGAAGCAAUCUUAAGGAUGACCUACUAUUGGUACAACUUCAUGCCACUUUCGAGAGGCUCUGCUGCUGUGGGUUUUACAGUCAUGCUUGGACUGCUUCUGGCUGCUAAUAUGGAGUUCGCUGGGAGCAUUCCAGAAGGCCGUCAAGUCGAUUGGGAUGCCAUUCUGAGUUUGGAGCCAAAAACCUUCAUGGAAUCGGUCAAGAGUUGGUUGUAUCCAUCUCUGAAGGUCUCUACAACGUGGAAAGACAUCCCAGAUGUAACGUCAACUCUCGAGACCACCGGUUCAGUUGUUGCAGCUCUUAGCUCCUUCUCUGGAUAACAUACAGUUUUGAUAAAAAGGAUGAUUGAGCAAGAGGGCAACUGUUACUUUGUGAUAUUCGAUAGUGGAAUAGAGAAACCGAGGCUUGAUUUGAUUUUCUUUUACGGAGUUGUCGAGUUUCUGUUUGUAUUCAUUUGCUUGUAACCAUGUAUUUCAGAAAUGCAGUUUAUAGGGUUUUUCUUCUCAGUUUAUGUUAUUUCAGUUGAAAUCAAGUCUUUUCUGGUUAUGAUUUUGCUUUAUACAAAUUAGCUUGUUAGGAUUACUGGUGAA